AUGAUGUGUGAAAAUACCUCCCAGAGUGAUACCAUUAUUCAUAUACAUUUAACUCGUUUAGGACUUGCUUUUGAGUAUAACAGUCGAACUACAAAUAUCACAUCUCGGGAAUAUUCAGAUAUGUGUAUUGAUGAAGAUCAAUGGUUGGAAACAUUAACAGGUUUAACAUUUGGUCUUCUUUUAUCACCAUUGUCUGUGAAUAAUCACGAAAUGAGACAUCAUCCAUAUCGAAAAUUAAUCGUACCUUUUGGCACAAUUCAAGGUAAAAGAAAUAAAGAUACUAAUCAUCCAACUGUUACCAUAGAUCGAUUAUCUGUAAAAUCUCAACAAUAUUUUGUUUUUAUUCUAAAUGAUCGUUUAAAAAUGCUUCAAUCAACAGAUAGUCCCACUGGAUGGUUUUAUUUAUCCUUGCUACAUGCGAUGACUUCUCAUCCUUUACCAGAUGAAUAUACUGGAAUGACUGGAAUGAAACGAGCAUUUCAGUUAUUAAAAUCAGCUGGUAGUUGGUCUGAUCAACCUUUCAAUGAGCUUUGUUCAAAUAUUCUUGGUCAAAUAGCAUCCAUUUCGCCGAUAGUUAAUUAUUAUCCUGAACAUCUCACUUGUAUGGAAAAAAUAGAUUGGAAUUCAAAUGGUUUACCUUAUUCAAUGCAACAUUUCGGUUAUUAUUUAAUAGCACAAAAAAUACUCAACAGUAGUCAACUAUUCAAUUUUAUAUAUCCAUCCAUGAUUUCACAUUGA